AUGAGUGCCAAAGAAGAUCUCCAAUGGAGGAUAAGGACAAGAAUAGCGAAUGGAUGUUCAACUAGAAUCUGGGAAGAUCAAAGGAUACCAAACCAAUCCCAAGGGAAACCAAUCACAGCCAAACCAGCAGAUUGCCAAGUACACAAAGUUGCUGACCUGAUUGAGGACUAUAGAUGGAACAGAAACCUCAUCUUCAAAACUUUCAAUGAGAAGGAUCCUGAAAACAUUCUCAAAAUCCCCAUCAGCAUCACAGGAAGAGAAGACAACACUUUCUGGAUGAGGAACCAAAAUGGAGAAUAUACGGUGCAAUCAGGUUACAAGUCAAUAAUGGCCAAGAAGGAACAAGAGGGAAGUGAAAGAAUGCAAGGGGCUGAAACGAGCUGCAAUCAGCGCUUGAUCCUGACAAGGAACAUCACUACCUGGUGGACAGCAUUAUCUGAAGCCAAACACAGAGUUCAAGGAAUGGAGCAUAUAGCUCUUACAACAUAUAUCCUUUGGCAAAUCUGGAAAUGCAGAAACAACAGAGAAUUCAACAACAAAGUACAGGAACCAAUGCAGGUGAUCAACAAAGCUUGGAAUGCCUGGAUGGAAUUCAACAAUGGAGUCAAAGAAGCUAGGAAAUGUAGCAUAAGUAAAACAACAGUACCACCACAAAUGAAUGGUCAAGAGGUUAGGCAAAAUCUAGAAAAUAGGCCAAGAGGAAUGCAUAUCAGGAUAGCAACUAGCUGGAACAAGGAAACAAAGUUCAUUGGAUAUGGCAUCAUAGCAGCUAACAGUAGGGGACAGGAUGUGAUAGGAUGGAAGAUGAGAGAAAGAGCAAGUGAAAGCCAACUUCAACAAAGAGCUGAAGGUGUCAAAUGGGCUCUGAUCAAAGCAGCUGAGCAACGGUGGAGGCUGGUAUGCAUUGAAGUUCCAGGUAAAGACCUACUACAGCAAAUUCAAGGAAGUAAAACAGCAAAUAUGUGGAUAGCUACUCUGAUAAAUGACAUCCGUGAACUGAGUACUAUGUUUUACAAAUGCUCAUUUUGUCUAGAAAAAUAUAAUAGGAAUGAUCUGAGUUGCCUUUUUAGUGCUCAAGCUUUGAGCAAUUAUCAUGAUUUAGAGUGGGUUAAUCCCAACCUACUAUACUAG